AUGGCCUUUGAAGGCUCUGAUUCAGGAAAUCAAUCUAGUCAUUCCACUAAUUCAGUAACUGGCAAUGAGCUCAAGGCUGCUCCACAAAAUGGAGAUGCUGUGUCAACGUGGAAUGUGCCUUGUAGGAGAGUUGUUGUCAAGAAUUUUUUGGGCGUGUAUGAUGCCAAAAACCAGGCAUUGAAGGAGGAAUUGAGGUCACAUUCUAUUUGUUUGACAACAGACACAUGGACCUCCUGUCAGAAUAUCAAUUAUAUGGUUAUAACAGCACAUUUCAUAGAUGCUGCCAAGCAUAUGCACAAGAGGGUUCUGAACUUUUGUGUUAUACCUAACCAUAGUGGGAAUAACAUAGGAAAGAUUUUGGAAACUUGCUUGGUUGAAUGGAAUUUGGAUAGGGUAUUGACUGUAUCUGUAGAUAAUGCAUCAGCAAAGAAGGUAGCCAUAAAGUACCUUAAAAACAAAAUGAGUGGAUGGCCUAGGAAAACUUUGUUUGAUGGGAGGUUUAUGCAUGUGAGAUGCAUGGCUCAUAUUGUCAACAUAAUUGUGAGGGCUAGUCUGCAUAUAAUGGAUAGGUCAGUGGCUAGCAUUAGAAAUGAUGUUAGGUAUGUGAGGAGCAGUGGACAAAGAUAUGAUGCAUUUAAGCUAUGUGUUGAGAAAGAGAAGAUACCGUGUAAGAAAGUGUGUGUGUUAGAUGUGCCUACAAGGUGGAACUCCACCUUCAUUAUGCUAGACACAGCCCUAGAAUUGAAGAAGGCUUUCAAUAGAAUGGCAGAUGAGGAAGAUGCUAGAUACAGAAGUUAUUUAGAUGAAGAUGAAGAGCUUGAUGAUGAAAAUAAUCAAAAUAUAGAGGCUGAAACUCAAGUUAGGCAAAGGCAGGCUAGGAAGAGGGUAGGGCCCCCUGUGCAAGCUGAUUGGGAUAAAGCAAGUGUUUUUGUGAAGUUUCUGAAUGUUUUUUACGAUGUCAUAGUUAGUGUGAGUGCACAGCUUCACCCUACAGCAAACGAAGCCUUCCAUGACCUAGUCACAGUCAAGGCAGAGCUUGAUGAGCUGUUUUACAAGCCCAUAGAUAGUGAUUCAAGUGAGAGUGAGAAGGUUCUGUUUGGUAUGGCUAACAAAAUGAGGACCAAGUACAAGAAAUACUUCAGAUCGCUCGAUGAUAUCAAUGAGUUAUUUUUUGUUGCACUUGUCUUGGAUCCUAGGUAUAAACUGAAGAAUUUUUAUUAUGUGUGUGAAACAAUGCUUAACAUGGGAAGUGAAGAGAUUAAGAGGAGAUCAGAUGGAGUGAAACAACUUGUGUUGGACUUGUGUGAUCUAUAUGCAACUUCUAAUAGUGAUCAGAUUGCAUCAAAGAGAAAAAGAAGUGGAGGGGAAGGCCCUAGCAGCAGACCAACACCAAGUGUGCCCACAGGAGAGUUAACUGGGAAGAGGGCUGCUAUGCUAGACUUGUGGAACAAGUAG